AUGUCAGAAGAAGGACAGGAGUUGGAGGUUGUGCAACUGACUGUCAAGUUGCCAGAUCCAAUCGGGCAACUUGUGUUUCAGGUCAAUCCCGCUGACACUGUGCAGGAUGUCAGUCAGACUUUGAAACUGAUUUCUCCUACCCAGCAUCACACUUCUUUUGUCUUAACUACCUUUGAAGGUGAAAAACUUGUUGAGGACACUCUUAUUGGGGAUAUCUCGGAGAAUUCAGAGGCUACAGUGAUUUUGAAAGAAAUGCCCUACACCGAGAAGUCGGCAAGAGAACAUCUUCAAAAGGUGAGGGAGAUCGCCUCGUUGCAACUCCCGCUAUUUUAUGGGACAUUAAACGACAUCAGCGGUCUUUCGGCUGGAGCUUCAACCUACAAAACUUUAGAGCUUGGUCCUGUUUCUACAAAGGCGGAAACUACCGAGACUGAAGAGAAGGAGCAGCCUGAGCUUUCCGAAUCAGCCAAGAACGGUAUUUUUGAUGCAGUUGAAUCCGUGCUCUCCGUCAAGCCAUCCACCAUUCCUGCCCAGAAACCCUUGAAAUUAGCCCCUGCUUUGCGCUCUUUGCAUGUGUCGGCGUGGACUCCACCCUCUCCACAACGUGUCUUGAAAGGCGACUUACUUUAUCUGCAAUGUCAGACCCUCGAGGGUGAGAGUUUCCAGAUCACUGCUCACGUGACCGGAUUUUUUGUGAACAGUUCUUCUGCUGCCAAGUUCGACAGCUCUCCGAGAAAAGUGACUUCGGCAAACGGGAAGCACCAAAGGCCGUCAAGAGCCCACUCUCUGCUUACUUUGUUGAAGGGUCUGUCUCCUAAAUUUGUGGAGCAGCUCGAUAUCAACGCCAAGAUCCUAUCUGAGCAAAUACAGGACGUUUACUCUCUUCCUACCAAUGCCCUACUAAGCAAUCCAUGGCUUGUGAAGGACUAUUCUCUGCAACUUCCGGAUUUAGGAAGAAUUGAGGAGAACUACAUCGUUGGUGGCUCUGAUGCUGCUGAUCUCUUCAAGGACUGGAAUGAGGAAUACCAAGGAAGCAAGGAGCUUCCACGCUCGAGUCUCCCGGAAAUCAUUGCUAGAGAGCGGCUAUUGAACAAGACUGGCUUUGACUUUACCGUCCAGGCCAUCAAAGGUGCGAUUUCCGUGGUCCAUGGUGAUGUGACUCCGAUGAACCCUAAUGACGAGCCAUCUCAACAUGUGUAUCUGCGCAACGGAAUUUUCUAUUCCCUUGGUGUGGAUGCUGCAGGCGAUUUUGAGCGUUCAGGAGGAGACGAAGCAGCCAGGGUGGCUGCCGUGAAGGACUUGGACGGAGUCAGAUGUCUGAACCGGCUGGACAGCAGCGAAAUUUCUCAUCUAUGCACCACAAUUGUUGACUAUUGCGGCCGUAGGGUGAUUUGUCAGACCCCUGUCCCCGGUAUUUUUGAUGAACCGCUUUCGGAGGAUGAGCCUGUUUCGAAAGUGAUCUAUGGCAGUUCCGAGGCACACACCCAGCUGAAUGCUGAUGAGAAGCUGAGCGAGAAAUUCAAGAAAAUUGCUGAAGUGUUCCACCUCAAGCCACACCAAGCAUGGAAUCUCGAUGGCUCCCAGAUCAAGGAAGUUGUGACGUCCAUGGACACCAAGGGCAUGAGGGGAACUGAUGGUCGCGACUAUAUCAUUGAUCUGUACAGAACAACUCCUGUCGACAUCGAGUUCAUUGACAAACACUACACAGGCAAGGAAGAUUCUUAUCCUCACAGAGAGACAGUUCUUAGACACGAGGCUGUGGAAGAAUGGUGGAGAAGACAAGUCUCCCUCGCUGUGAAGCAAGAGACCGACAGACUGGGCGAGGAGACCAAGGAAGGAGAAGAAAAGGCCACUAUUGCUGUGGAUACUUCUGCGUUUGUUCUGAAUCCAGACGCUUUCUGCUUGACGGAGGCACCUACACCAGAACUUGCUGCAGAGCUCAAGAAAGACGAGGAGAGAGUCAGAGAAGUGUCCAAGUUUGUCUCUGAGAUCCUGCUUCCAGAAUUGGUGAAAGACCUGGAGUCCUCCGAGGCGUACACUCCAAUUGAUGGGGGCCAUCUGAGCUCCAUAUUGCAUCGCCAAGGAAUCAACCUCAGAUAUUUGGGAGCACUCGCUCAGUACAUUGAGGAAAGAAAGGCAUUCCACAAGAAGGCGGAGGAAGAGAGAUUAGAAAAGGUCAAACAGGAAGAGCCAAAGGAGACUAAAGACGAGGGUGAUUCGGAGAACAACGAGCAGUCCAAGCUCGAUGCAACACCAGUUUUGAACGUUUUGGAUGCCCUUUUCUUUGUGACUGUGCAGGAGAUGAUUGCUAGAGGAGUGAAGCACGUCCUGAGAAGGUCGUGUAUCUCUGUGCCGGUUGCUCUGGUUCCGUACGUUAUUGCACACAUCUUCAACAGCGUUCUUGGCAUGGCCGGUGACAUUGAAGUUGAUCCGCUUUUGGCCGAGAUGUACGGCUCUCCGGACAUCUUAAACCAGUCGAGAGCUCAAAUUCGCGAGCAGGUUGCAAGGGAGGUUUUCAUCAGAUACCGCUACACUCUUCCGGAAAGUUGGCCUGUGCACUCUCUGUACUUGUUCAAGGAGAUUUCGCGCAAGUUUGGCAUUCAGUGGAGAGACAGAACCUACGAUUUCACCGGGACGUCUCCUACGUUCACAGCCGAUGACGUUCUGGCCGUUGUGCCGAUCGUCAAGGACUCAAUUUACUACUCCAGCUCUGUGGAUGACAUUUGGGAGGCUGGCCGUGUGAAAGUCACUAAGGGCGAGCCUGAGGGAAUUCAGCUGCUGAACCAGGCCAUUGAAGUUUAUGAGCAAGUUUAUGGAGCAAUCCAUCCAGAAACAGCCAAGGGAUACGGACAACUAGGGCAAAUCUGCGUGGACCUCAAGAUGGGCCAGCAGGCUUCUGAGCUAGCUCGCAAGUCUUUCCGUAUUCUGGAAAGAACCAAGGGAAUAGACUCGUACGAUUCGAUUCUCGCACUGACCAGAUUGGCACUAGUUGAGUCGGCCAACGGCGAGCACCUGAAUGCGAUCAAGCUGCAUAUGAGAGUCCUGAAGUACUGGCUGACUUACCACGGAGAGUCUCAUAUCAAUGUGGUGUCUGCGUUGUCGACCAUUGCUAUUAUCUUGCAAAAGGUGCAACUGCAUCUCCAGGCUGCCAAAGUGUUCCAAAAGGCUGUUGAGUUGAGUGAUAAGUAUGUUGGAGACCAAAGCCAAAUGUCAGGUCUUCUGCGUUUCCAACUUGGCCAGUCGUUGGUCACGUUGAAGCAGUUUGUUCCAGCUAGCGAGCAGCUUGAGAUUGCAGCAAACAUUUUCAAAAUCAACCUUGGCCCUAACGACCGGAGCAGUAUCGAGGCGUCAAAAUGGACCUCUCAGCUGAAGGAGUACAUUUCUGUGAUGCAGAAACAAGGAAAGCAGCUCAAGGCAAUGGAGGCCCAGAUGGCUAAGAAAGCCAAAAAAGCCUCGCCGCUGCCUUCGAAAAAGAACAAGUCGGUCUCGCCAAACCCAGAGCUUGCUGAUAAGUCGGUGGACGAAAUCAUGAAGUUCAUCGAGGGCGAGCCUAAGAAGCCAAAGAAAAAAUCCAAGAAAUAG